UAUUGAUUAAAACUAUCCAUAAUCAUGAUAAUCCUGUUAUUGGAUCUACAUACUAAGAUAGACUAGAUUUAAUCAAGAUUAGAUCUAAAUGCACAAUUAUCGAAACAGAAAUUUAUUAUUUAUAUCUAAUUAUUUUUGUUUUUAUCAAUACCCGGUGCUCACUGUCACAGGACAGUGAGUUGCUCGGAGAAGAAUCUUCAAUCUAGUCUUAGUACUCUUAGUCUAGAGUCUAGAUCUAGUAUCUAGAUUAGAUCAACCAGAUCUCUAGAUCAGUAGAUGAUUGCUCUACAUUCUACUGUAUAUAUAUAUAGAUCUAUACUAUAUCCUAAUAUAGCCCAAAAUUGAAUACAACUGAAAAAGAAUGCCUGCAAGUCUUGAUGACUUUCAAGUCAUUUCUACUAUAGGAACAGGAUCAUAUGGAACAUGCAAGAAAAUAUGCAGAAAAAAGGAUGGAAAGAUAUUAGUUUGGAAGGAAAUGGAGUAUGGAUCAAUGACAGAAGCAGAAAAGCAAAUGUUAGUUUCAGAAGUAAAUCUUCUUAGAGAGCUCCAUCAUCAACAUAUAGUUAAGUAUUAUGACCGCAUCAUUGAUAGAACAAAAGCCAUGAUUUACAUCAUUAUGGAAUACUGUGAAGGAGGAGAUUUGGCUACUCUUAUAGCUGCUAACAAAAAAAAUGGAGAAUCCAUUACAGAAGACUUUGCAUGGAAAAUUCUUAUUCAGACUACACUUGCUUUGAAGGAAUGUCAUCGUAGAAAAAAUGGUCAAGCUGUUUUACACAGGGAUCUUAAGCCUGCAAAUGUUUUUCUAGAUAAAGAUUCAAACGUAAAGCUUGGAGACUUUGGUCUAGCACGAGUGCUGCACAGUGAAAGCAGUUUUGCUCAGACUUAUGUUGGAACACCUUAUUAUAUGUCACCUGAACUAGUGAAUAAUCUUUCCUACAAUGAGAAAUCUGAUAUCUGGGCUCUAGGUUGCAUGAUGUAUGAGCUCUGUGCAUUAUCUCCUCCUUUCACUGCAUCUAACCAAAGCGAGCUAAACAGAAAAAUUAGAUUAGGAGACUUUCCUCGUCUACCGUUAAAGUAUUCCAUUGAAUUGGACAUGAUAAUAAGAAAAAUGAUUCAAGUGGAGGUAGCUCAGCGUCCAAGUAUUGGCUCUAUAUUGGCAGAUCCAUUAGUACAAAAGAGGAGGGAGGCUUUGGAAUGCAACGUUGUGUCAACUAGAACUAACUCCAGUGACAAUGAAAAACAUGACCUUGACAAUAUUGAGAAGUUGAGAAAUAAUUUAAUUGCCAAGAUGAGACAACUGGAGCUAAAGGAAAAAGAGUUGGAAAGUAGAGAGAAGAGUGUUGCCUUGAGGGAACAAAUAGCAGAGGAGAAAUUGAAGAGAGCAAUGUCACUGCUAGAUCAAGUGCGGCACAGGGAUGAUUAUUCAACAACUUCCCAGACAUCAGUAAAAGUAACUUUACCAGACAAUCUGUCAGAUGCUUCUUUGAAAAGACAGGUGACUUUCCACCCUCAGUUAUUUGACAAGGAAAAUUUACGACAAAAAAUUCCUCAUACAGGCCUGGUGAAUCCUUUACAGACUAAAUCUGCUCUACCAUAUAAUAACACGUCUCUUGAAAACCAGUUAGGUUUCGCUGGUAAUAAAAUUACCCAUAAUAAUCUUUUACAUGUAAGAUGAUUCUUAGACCAGUUGAGUUUGUAAUCAUGUCUUAAAAAUUAGUUUUCAGCAAACCACUAAAUUCUAUUUUAUAGCUAAUGGCUCUUGUAAUCAGGAAUAAACCCUGUAAAUGUAUUCAUACUAAAAUGUUCCUGUAAAAAUUAUUAGUUUCAGAUUUUAAUAUUAUGGAAAAGAAAUAUUCCACCUAAAACAUAAGCUUAAAGCCAUUUGGAUCAGCUGGUAGAUCCUUAACUAUUUGUUUUUUAGUCAAUUAACCUAUAGUUGGGCUCAAUAGUAGUAGAUAUUGAUAGACCUGGUCUCUUACAAUGAAAUAUGUCUUCCAUUACUGGUUGAAAAAGAAAGUACAGCAUUACAAGCUUUUAGAUGUUUUGUAUAUACAACUAUAUAGUCAUAUACAAUAAUAAAAAAUAUGUACCGUACAUAAUGAAAUAGUUAUAUUGCAUCUAUAUUAUGCACUUUUUUUCCUUAAAGAAAUGAAAUUUAAGUAGCUAAUUUAACACUACUGUAUAUUAGUUUAUAUUCUAUUUACCAUGCUGAGAAUCAAGGAAAUGGUAAUUCAACUGUAUCAAUAACUUUUUUUAUAUAAUAAAUAGUACUCAUUUUUUUGUAAAUUUACUGUAAAUGAAAAUCAUUUUGUUAUAAAAAAAAAGUUUGUCAAUACAAAAAUGUAAAACAAAUAAUUGUAUUAUUAGUUUUUUAUUCAUUUUGAACUAAAAUAAAAUAUGUUGUGAAUGCAACAACAUCAAAAGUGUGUCCUAAUUUUAUCUGUACAUACAGUCUUAAUGUUUUAACUACAAUUAGUA